GCUGCAGACCAUCGGCAUAGCCACUGAGCAGGACUUCGGCGAUACAGGCUCAAAGCAACCAGGAUGGAUAUUUUGGGCCCAAACUUCCCGCACCUGCUCCCCCAGUGGCCGACUGUACAGCAGAUGAAGAACGCUGAGUCGUUUAAAAUACGUGGCCAACGUGGCGUCGCCAAUGGUGAGUCGAGAGUAUCUGUGGUAGGAACUGCAGCUGAUGUGAAAAGACGAAACAGCUUCUGCUGACGGCGUUUCCAAGUGCGAUGAAGCUUUCCUGGAAAGCUUGAUCGAACACCUUGGAUACAUGGACCUUCUUGUUCUACGAGCCGGCGAUUACCUGAAUGUCGCUGCGACCUACAAGGCCUACGGAGGCAACCCGCUCAACUACAACCGCAACGUCCACGUCCGCGAAGCCGUGACUGUUGUCAGCAAGGUCACGCCUGAGAUUGAGCGUUUGAGCAAACACGCCGAGUUGUUCGUUAGCGAAGAUCGCAGAGCCGAAUUUCUUCAAGAAGCUGGCGUAGUUGCACGCUUGAGUCGAGAGAUGCUUGAGAUUGACGCUGCGAUCGCCAAGCUGCAGCCAUCGCUCCAGAACGAGCUCAACAGUUCGUUCUCGCGGAGGCCGAUCGAUGAGCAGACAGGAGCCCGUGUUCAACCAUGGCAAUCUUUUGCACAACCCCUCAACGUCAACGGUCUGCAAGCCAGAGACGAUUGGGAAAAGAUUCAGCAAGACGUACCUGACAUGCACCUCGAGCGCGCCAAUCUACUCCCAAUGAGCGCGUCCCUCAUUGCUGAGCGCUACAGACAGCGAGCACAGUUCCUGGUGGACAAUUCGAAGAAUCCAACUGAUGAAGAGCGCGCUUUCGUGCAGCCAACCGCUGCCAUACUUCAGGAUACUGACCGUCGAGAUGAUCACACUGCUACGGUCAAGCGAACAGUGGCUGUGACAGCCCAGGAAGUCGAGAGAAGCAAAGACCGAUUCGCUUGGGGCAAGCAAGAGAGAGUCGCAGAGAUGGCUCGCAUCAUGGCGCUGCUGAACAACGACGUGACCACCUUGCCAGGACAAGUUCGCCCGCCUGCCGUGUUUAUGGGCACAUUCCGUUCCGAGGAAGGAAUGCGGGCCUUGAGGGAGAAAAUAGCGGCCGAGAAGAAGGAGCUGGAAGAUGAAGAGUAGGUUCUCGGAUACCUUCUGAGCGUGUGCGGAGCGUGAGCAUAUCGCAUUUUGCUUGGCCGGACAAUGAGUGUCAAACCGGCUGGUCAUGAGAUUCUCCACUCCAGGAAGAAAGUUGGUGCGACUUGCGAUAGCAUAGUAGGAGCUUAAUACACACUCGCUCCUGCGUUAUUUGAAUCUUUCAAACUCUUCUUCCUUCUUUGGCAGCACAUAGGCUUGCAUCGCGGUCGCUGAGUGCCAUGGUCCAAGGCCAUGUCAACUUCGGCCGUCAACAGAUCACACGCAAAGCAGAGACUUGAGUUACUUCAGACAACUCGAUCCCACAACCUGUACAAUAUUCCUGAGUAUGGACGUGCCAUCUUUGCAGAGGACGGAUCAGAUCGAGGCCAACUUCAACACAGUCUCGCGAACAAGCACGC